GUCUGGCUGCAGCCUUCAGAGGAGGAGGAGGAGGGUCUGGGUGUCAGUGGGCUGGAGCUCCUCCUGUGUGUGUGGUUUUACUUUGGAUGUCUAACUGAAAAGCUUCUCACAUCCCAGACCUGACAACAAGAAGAGGAACUGAAAAACAACAAACUUUAAUAAACGAGAAGAAGAGAGGAGAGAGAGAGAAGCCUCGUGCUCAACCCAGGGAGCUGACAGUGAACACAUCUGCAGCGGGAUGGUGGUCCCGUACGAGGGUCAGUCUUUCUCUGCUCUGAGGAGACAGUGCCAGCAGAAAGGAGUCCUCUUUGAAGACCCUCUGUUCCCAACAAACGACCAGUCCCUGUUCUACCAGAGCAACCGCAUCGGCAGUGUCACUUGGAAAAGACCCAAGGACUUAUGCAGCAAACCCCAUCUGUUUGUGGACGGCAUCAGUGCACACGACCUGCACCAAGGCCAGCUGGGAAACUGCUGGUUUGUGGCUGCUUGCUCGAGUCUGGCCUCCAGAGAAACUCUAUGGCAGAAGGUUAUUCCAGACUGGAAGGACCAGGAGUGGGAUGAGGAAAAACCUGAGUCCUACGCCGGGAUCUUUCACUUCCGGUUCUGGCGGUUUGGCGAGUGGGUGGAUGUGGUGAUUGAUGACCAGCUGCCCACGGCGAACGGAGGUCUGGUUUACUGCCACUCGAACGACAGCAAUGAGUUCUGGAGUGCGCUCGUGGAGAAGGCCUACGCCAAGAUGUGUGGAUGCUACGAGGCGCUGGAUGGGGGCAACACAGCUGACGCUCUUGUGGAUUUCACCGGGGGUGUAUCGGAGCCGAUGGACUUGGUAGCAAACGGGUUCAAAGAGGAUAAAGAGAAACGGAACGAGCUGUUUGAGAGAGUCCUGAAAGUCCACAACAGAGGGGGUCUCAUCAGUUGCUCCAUACGGGCAACAACUGCAGCAGACAUGGAGGCCAAGCUGGACUGCGGGCUGGUGAAGGGCCACGCCUACGCGGUGACGGAUGUCCGCAGGGUGAGGCUGGGCCACGGUCUGCUGGCCUACUUCAGAUCAGACAAACUCGAGAUGAUCCGCAUGAGGAACCCCUGGGGAGAGAGAGAGUGGAACGGACCCUGGAGCGACAGCUCUGAGGAGUGGAAGAAGGUCAGUAAGGGUGAAAGGGAGAAUAUCGGCGUCACUGUGCAGGACGAUGGAGAGUUCUGGAUGACAUUUGAUGACUUCAUCAAUAACUACACAGACCUCAUCCUCUGCCGUCUCAUCAACACCUCAUACCUGAGUUUCCAUAAGACCUGGGAAGAGGCAGUGAUGCGAGGCUCCUGGCGCCUCAGCAACGACCCGCUCCUCAACCGGACUGGAGGCUGCACCAACCACAAGCAGACUUUCCUCCAGAACCCACAGUAUGUGUUUGACGUGAAGAAGCCGGAGGACGAGUUAUUGAUCUGUCUGCAGCAGCAGGACCGAAGGGCCAGCCUGAGAGGGGGACGAGGAGAGAACCUGGCGAUUGGCUUCGACAUACACAGGGUGGAGUUAAACAGGACCUACCGUAUGCAUGCUACCCAGGAGAAGGUCGGUGGCAGCACCUACAUCAACUCCAGGUCUGUGUUCGUACGCAUUGACCUGAAAGAGGGGCGAUACGUCAUCCUACCCACGACCUUUGACCCCGGUCUGGAGGGAGAAUACCUGCUCCGCAUCUUCAGUGACGUGUCGUCUGACUGCAAGGAGUUGAUUCUAGACCAGCCUCCAAAGACCUGCUGGACCGGGAUGUGUGGCUAUCCUGUUCUGGUCACUCAAGUCCACUUAGUGCAGGCAAACGGACUCGCCGGUCAAGACUCUGGUGGAGUGUCGGAUCCCUAUGCCAUCAUUUAUUGUGAAGGACAGAAAGUCCGCUCUCCAGUCCAUAAAGGCACAAGAAGCCCUGACUUUGACACCAAGGGGCUCUUCUACAGGAAGAAAGCCAAGCAGCCAAUCACUAUCAAGAUCUACAACCACAACCUGCUGAUGGACUCCUUCCUGGGUCAGGUGACCAUGCCGGCCGAACAGGGAAGUUUCCAGCAGAUGCUCCACCUGAAGGGAAAAGGCAACAGCAGAGACAGCGACCUCCCUGGAACCCUUACUGUGGCCAUAAUAACCAGCACAGCGCUCACCAACAUCUGAGACAGAGCAUGAGACCGUGCAGUCAGGGUUGAUAACUCUAGCUUUUACAUCAAAGUUUACCAAGUUACCACUUUCCCUCUAAAGAUCUCUUCACCUAAAAGGUUUUAUAACCUGCAGGAGAAGAGGGUUUACUCUCUUAGAGACGAGGUCCACUUUACAAAGGUUUACACACCACUAGAGGUAGGUAAGAGGGAUCAGAGGAGGUGGGGAUGAAAUUACAAACAUGGGAAAACUGAUGCUCAAUAAUGUCUGUUUACAAAGUGAUGUAUCCCUCUGUACCGGGUGUAUCUGAAUAUCCACUGAGCAUGAGAGAAGAUAUUUCCAACUAGCUUAUAAACAUUGUUUACAGUUCUUCAAUUUGCCUUUCCUCUGAUUGAAUCUCAAGUCUUAUUUAUGUCUUUUUAUACUGCCUUUUUAUAUUUCUUUGUUUUUACUUCUUCUUUUUAUUCUGCUUAAUUCUCUUCAAAGGUUUUUAUUGGUAUAAAAGUUUUAAAAGGUUGCCAAAACAUUGUACACUAUAUCAGUAAUAUGUUAUAUUUAUAUAUUGUCUCUGUGAGUCUCAUGUCUUCUGUAAAGCACUUUUUUAUGGCCUUGAUGAAAGGUGAGCUAUAAAUAAAAGUCCUUGCCUUUAAAGCUU